CCCGUCCCCACGGUCUCGCGAGGCGGCGGAAGAUGGCGCGGGCCGGUGGCGGGAAUCUGCCGUGGGUGGAGAAGUACCGGCCGCAGACGCUGUCCGAGCUGGUGUCUCACGGGGAUAUCCUCAGCACCGUGCAGCGGUUCAUCAGCGAGGAUCGGCUCCCGCAUCUUCUCCUCUACGGUCCUCCCGGUACCGGGAAGACCUCGACCAUCCUCGCCUGCGCCAAGCAGCUCUACCGGGAGCGGGAGUUUGGUUCCAUGGUGCUGGAGCUCAACGCCUCUGAUGACCGGGGGAUCGACAUCGUCCGAGGGCCCAUCCUGAGCUUCGCCAGCACCAGGACCAUCUUUAAGAAAGGCUUCAAGCUCGUCAUCCUGGAUGAAGCCGACGCCAUGACCCAGGAUGCUCAGAACGCCCUGAGGCGAGUGAUCGAGAAGUUCACCGAAAACACCCGCUUUUGCCUCAUCUGCAACUACCUCUCCAAGAUCAUCCCCGCCCUGCAGUCCCGCUGCACGCGCUUCCGCUUCGGCCCCCUCACCCCGGAGCUGAUGGUCCCCCGGCUGCGGCACGUCAUACAGGAGGAGGGGGUGGACGUGACCGAGGAUGGGAUGAAGGCUCUGGUGACCCUCUCCAGCGGUGACAUGCGCAGAGCCCUCAAUAUCUUGCAGAGCACCACCAUGGCCUUCGGGAAAGUGACAGAGGAGAAUGUCUACACCUGCACGGGACACCCCCUCAAAUCUGAUAUCGCCAACAUCCUCGACUGGAUGCUGAACCAGGACUUUUCCACCGCCUAUCGCAAAAUCACGGAGCUGAAGACGCUGAAGGGCUUGGCCCUGCAGGACAUCCUCACCGAGAUCCAUCUCUUUGUGCACAGAGUUGACUUCCCACCCUCGAUCCGCAUCCAGCUGCUGAUCAAAAUGGCAGACAUCGAGUACCGGCUGGCUGCUGGGACCAGUGAAAAGAUUCAGCUGAGCUCCCUCAUCGCGGCUUUCCAAGUCACCAGGGACCUGAUCGUGGCCGAAGCCUGAGUCCUGCUG